UUUACAGUUGACAUAUCUAAUAGGUUAUGUGUAAGCAUUUUAAAAAAAGUGUUUUAACUUAAAAACGAUGUCUUCGCGAUCUGACUCGGAUAGCGAAUCUAACAGAAGUGCAAGCCCCAUCAACAACGGCCCUGCGCCAACCCCCGGUCAUGGUUUGGACCGCUCCGCGUCGAACUCCCCCCAGUACACGCGAUCCCAAAACGCUAGCCCUGAGAGGGCCGCUAGUCGCUCUUCCGGCAGCUCCAGUGCAAGGUCUCGCUCACCCUCCGUCGAGUCUAACAAAUCCACCGCAUCGCAGAGAACAGCCGCUUCAAACACUUCGAGGAAGUCAAGAUCUAGAAGUGUAGCUUCUAAUAGGUCUCGGGGGUCACAGAGUCCCGAAUCGAACAGAUCUGGAUCGGCAGGCUCGCAAAAAACGCAAAGGUCGGGCUCGAAUCGCUCAGAGUCGCCUCCUGGCUCCCGUAGGUCUAGAUCGAGUAGUGCAGGAUCGAAAAAAUCGAGGUCUAGGUCGGGGAGUGCAGGAUCGAAAAAAUCGAGGUCUAGGUCGGGGAGUGCAGGAUCGAAAAAAUCGAGGUCUAGGUCGGGGAGUGCGGCGAGUAAUAAGUCGGGGAGUGCUGCGAGCAGUAAAUCGAGGUCUAGGUCAGGGAGUGCGGCUUCCAAUAGGUCCAAGUCGGCGGAGUCAAACAGGUCGAAAAGUGCAGAGUCAAAUAGAUCACGGAGGUCUCGCUCACAGUCGCAGGAGAAAAGAGCCGAAUCGCAAGAUCGCAGCAGGUCUAAUAGCCCGAAUUUGCAAAUUGACGAACCUGGGUCACCUGACAGUGGCAAAGGGGAUAAAAGGAAAAGAGACAGUUCUGAAGAGAGGGCUACAAAAAAGAAACACCGGAUUAUUGAUUCUGACAGUGAGGGCGAAGAAGGAAAAGAAAAUGACAAAGAGGUCAGUGCUGCUGCCAUUUUUGGAGAUGACGCCGAUGACAUUAGCAGCGAAGAAGAAAAAGAAAAAGCCGAGUCCGAAAAAGAAGCACAAGUCAGUGAAGAAGAGCAACACCAUUCAGAGAUAGAAAAUGAGCAAAGACAACCCGAUGAAGAUGAAGAUAAAGAAAAUGAACCGGAACAAAUCCCAGAGACGCGAAUUGACGUCGAAAUACCCAAAAUCAGUUGCGACUUAGGCCGCGACAUUCAUUUUGUAAAACUUCCCAAUUUCCUUUCAGUCGAAACGCGACCUUUCGAUCCUGAAACGUAUGAAGAUGAAAUCGAUGAAGAAGAAACCCUAGAUGAAGAAGGUCGAGCCCGCUUGAAAUUGAAGGUGGAAAAUACGAUAAGGUGGCGAGAAAACAUGGACAAAGAGGGGAAUGUGAAAAAAGAGUCAAAUGCGAGACUCGUGAGAUGGUCAGAUGGUUCCUAUAGUCUACAUUUAGGUUCUGAAAUUUUUGACGUCUACAAACAACCACUCCAGGGUGAUCACAAUCACUUGUUCAUCAGACAGGGGACGGGUCUCCAAGGCCAGGCGGUAUUUAGGACCAAACUGAGCUUCAGGCCACAUUCUACUGAGAGUUUCACACACAGGAAAAUGACUUUGUCGCUUGCAGACCGGUCGCAGAAAACUUCUGGGAUUAAAAUUCUGUCUCAAGUCGGAGCUGAUCCCGACCAUGACAGGAAACUUCUUUUGAAGAAAGAAGAGGAAAAGUUGCGUCAAACUGUACGUGUGAGUAAACCUCGGCGAAAAGGUGACAGUGGGACGAGGUUGCAUAAUAGUAGCGUGUACAGAGAAGAGGAUGGGAGUGAUGAAGAAGGGGCUAUUUCACUUAAUGCAAUUAAGAAUAAGUACAAGUCGGGGGCUGCGACAGUGGCUAAAGGUGGAGCCAUCUAUUCUUCAGAUGAAGAAGGAUCAGAUAUAGAAGCUAGGAGAGCAAGGAAAAUUGACAAAGCAAAAGCAUUGAAGGAUUCAGAAUCAAGUGAAGAAAGCGAAUAAAUAUCAAAAAUGUAUUUGUAUUACAUAUUUAUAAAGAAUAAUUAUGGCGUAAGUAAUA